AUGGACGAGUGGGCCAAGAAACGAUGUCGCGACGAAUGCAGCACCGAAGCAGCGAAAAGUGUUGGACAGGAGAUGUACGGCGCAUACGUGCGCGUCGAGAUGCCAGGCUGUAAGGCCAUAGAAUCUCAAGUCAGACCCCGAGAAGCGCUUGGCGAGCGACGUAUGCGGACACUCGAGGUCGUUUCCAUUGCUACACAUGACGAGCUUGGCCUGGACAUGGAACUGCAGAAGCAGACAGUAUCGGGUUGGAGUACGAACCACGAGGCUUCUAAGGAGAAAAGGCAACCAACAAAAGCAGAUUUGAGACGACAGUAA